CCCAAAUCAGACCACAAUAGGAACCAUUACUCUUCACCACAAGGCAAUUGGCCUCCCUCCUCAACACUUUCCAAUGGCAAACGGUCCUCAAUCACUACGGCAAUAAAAGUGCCGAUUCGCGGGCAUGCGACCAUGCGAAUGAGGCCUUUGGAAGCAUUGCGCAGCCAUGUACUGGCCUAUUGGAGCCCCACGCAUCUAUGCUGCGAGUAAUACCAAAGCAGAACCAGAGCGCACCUUCGAAGUGGACGACGAUGCCGAAUCUCGAGAAACCACAGAGGGUAGCGGAUCACUGAUCAAUGCUGGAAGCCUCGAGUCGGAGGAGAAACUGGACGACGCCAUUGAUUUCCCCCAAACGCCAGUGACCCCAAAAACCCCAGCCAUACAACCCGUCGAACACGAUUCGUCAAAUGAUUUCCCUCCGCAUACAGAGCAUGGGAACUCGCCGUUCAAGUCUGCGGAUCGAGAGCCUUUAUUGGCUUUGCGAAUUUCCCGGACAGGACAUCUGUUUGCCGUGAUCACAUCAACCUCCUUGACAGUAUGGCAGACAAAGGUACGUCAUUUGGUAAAUAGGAGAGUAUAUAUGGCUAAUUGAUGUCCCAAGCCGACUGCCAUUCUUGCGGUCGUUGUGCGUUCUAAGAAAUCACUGAGCACAUAUGGUUCGAAUGUUUCCCUCCUAGUUCGCCCGGACUCUGCUAUUUUCGUUGUUCAAACUACCCACGGGUACCUUAUAACAUACACGCUGGCAACCGACCCUGAAGCUCGAGUCUUCAGACCCCAUUUCUCCAGUCACACAAGUGGGCAGACACGAAGGCAAAGCAAUUUCAGUGGAGCUAGAGGGCAAGGAGGAGAUAGAAUUCUAUGGGGACCUGGAGAAGGAGGAGGUGUACGAGAAGUGAGUGUUCGUUUUCGAAUGGUCAUUAAGGUGGAUGCCGGUAUUGGGCAAGCUUUAGCCCUGGAUGAUGAAUUGGUAGUUGCGACCAAAAAGCCAGCAGCAGUGCAAUGUAUCAGAUGGACCCCGGAUACGGCUGGCAACCAGACUAGCACAGAACUAUUUAGUCGUAUGGACUGGUUGCCAAAAAAAGUGAACGUGAUAGAAAUGAUUCACGAUAGACCAAUGAACUUGUCUUGUUGGGUCACAAAUGAUGGAAGAGCAUAUGCUGUCCAAAGGGGUUCCAAAUCAAGGUCCACUGAAGAACGACAAAAAUUGUUCCGAGGAUAUUGUUUUCAUACACCCAAUUCUCCUGAAAUGUACGGCCAAAAGGCAGCAAUAAACGCCAGGUUUUCGCUGGUAGCCGUCGGAUGCUCUGAUGGAAGUAUUCAAGUCUAUACAGCGAGGGAUUAUGUUGGUAACAUUCCUCCAUCGCAUGUUCAUAAGGUUUCUGUGUCCCGGCAGUAUUCGGGUGCGUUAACUUGUUUGACCUACUCCCCUGAUGGCUACUGUCUUUUUGCUGGCUAUGAAAAUGGCUGGGUGACCUGGAGUGUGUUUGGGAAAUCAAGUGCUACCAGUUUCGGAUCCGACCAAAGAAUAACUCAAGAUCACGAAGAAGGAUGGCUCGAUGGAGUAAAGGAUGCAACCUGGUUUGGGGGAGGGUCGGAAAUCUUGCUCAUUGGCAAGCAGGACGAUCGCCUCUGGACGUUAGAAAUGGCUCGAAGUGCAAUCACCGGAUGCUACACAUCAGCCAACAUAUCUCGAACACUACUCCAAACUACUUCAAGCAUAAUGGUGUAUCGCGGUUACGAUUUACCAGAUUUGACUUCAAUAUCAGCAGAAUCCUCUUUGUGGCAUACAGCAGAAGUACCUUCCAGUUAUUUGGUAGACCAAUGGCCUAUACGCUGUGCCGUUAUAUCUGCUGAUGGAAGAUAUGUAGCUGUUGCUGGCCGCCGAGGGCUGGCUCACUAUAGUGUCAACAGUGGCAGAUGGAAGUCAUUUGUGGAUGAGAACAUGGAAAAUGAAUUCCAAGUUCGCGGAGGAAUGUGUUGGUAUCAGCAUAUUUUGAUUGCAGCUAUCGAGGCUGGCGAGUCGUUUGAGCUGCGCCUAUACUCGCGAGAAGCAGCUCUGGAUAGCUCGCUUGUCCUGCAUGUUCAAGCGCUGCCAUCGCCUAUCGUACUCAUUGCUCUUUCCGGAGAGGAUUCAUUACUCGUCUACACGUAUGACAAUCUUCUCUAUCAUUACAUUAUCACAUCGACAGCCAAUUCAGUACAACUAAUACAGGUUGGGCAAAUCGCAUUUCAUGGCAUCGUGAGGUCACCUGCUCGAGUCAGAGGACUUAGCUGGAUAUUACCCGAUGAGCAGCUUCUCGAAGGAGAUCCAUCACAAGAUGUCGCAGUAGCCACGGUCUUGUUUCUUGUUGAUGGAAAACUUGUUCUUCUGCAGCCGUCACUAAACGACGAAGGUAAACUCAAAUACGACAUGCGUGUCAUUAUGCAAAACGUGGAAUAUUACGCCUUGAUGAGAGACUUGCCAUUUGCAAGCCCGCCCCGUAGUCUAGAACCGCCUUCUGACGGCUAUAACGAAAAUGGGAUCAAUCUUGUCGAAGGAUCGGGCCUCCGCGACUCUUUGUGGGUCUUUGAAGGCAAUGAAAUGAAAGUCUGGACUGAUGUGAAUGAUGUUCUCCAAUCAGCUCCACCUGAGUUGGGGAGAGAAUUGCCCCCUAUGGUUUCAAUACCUGUGGACUUUUAUCCCUUGUCAGUCUUACUUGGAAAAGGAAUUCUUCUUGGGCUUGAACCGGACCUGGUACAACGUCGUGACGUGAGCUUUGCCUUUUUCAAAUUCACGAUACGGGUAUGUAACUUUUCGAAAAUGCAAAAAUCAAUACUAAUGUACAACUAGACUCACCUAUUUAUUCCUCAAGUUCUCCGAUUUCACCUCUCGCGGUUCGACUCAUCUGCGGCUUUACAUCUCGCUCACCAGUAUCGACAACUGGAAUACUUUGCCCAUUCGCUUGAAAUAUUGCUUCAUAAUGUUUUAGAUGAGGAAGUUGACAGCUCUCCUUCCCCAGAGACUGCUUUGCUACCAGGAGUGCUUUCAUUCUUGUCUUCUUUCCCGCAAUAUCUCGAUAUUGUGGUUCAAUGUACUCGGAAAACAGAAGUUCGAUCAUGGCGGACACUUUUUGCAUACCUACCCCCUCCACAGGAACUGUUCGAAGAGUCUUUGCAAAGAGGUUCUUUGAAAACAGCCGGCGGGUAUCUACUUAUUCUGCAUACAUUUGAAGAGCUAAGUUCAAGCUCGGAGCAGUUGGUACGAUUACUUUCGAGAGCCAAAGAUGAAGGCGAUUGGGAAUUAUGCAAGGAAUUGGCACGGUUCUUGACUGCAUUGGAUGAGAGCGGUGCAACUUUAGUAGAGGCAUUGGAAAUGGUCAACCUUCGAAGCCCACAGGACGUGCGGGAGACGUCGAGUUUUAUGUUUGGGGGAUCGAGAUUGAAAGUCCCAGAUCCAAAAAAGAGGAUUUUACCGAAAGUAAACGGAGGAUCAAAUGGGAGUGCUGGAAGUGGGAGUGGGACUGAUGAUAGUGGCAGCCAUAGCCCUAAAUCCAGAGAGGGGGACAUAGGGUAUUUCUCAUCUCAGAACAAUAGCUGAGAUGGAUGUUUGGAGUAGGGAGUUGAGUGAUCUUAUCUGGUUACGCGAAGGGUUGGAUACAAACCUCUUUCAAGUUUUUUUGGAGGAUGGCGUCGCCAAGUAAUUACAAAGAGGUGUUGGUAUAUUUGCGUCGAACCCAAAGAGGCUGUGGAGGUCAAUAAGACCUUCUCUGGGACAGAAGUAAUGAGAAAUCAACAGAUGUUUUAUUUUGUAGAGGUGCAUGUUUCCUAAUCGUAGGUUGCUAAGCUGGUGAUGGUGACUUUGCGUCUCCCUCAGGUAUUGCAAUUUAGACUCAGCUUUCAAUAAAACAGAACUUUAG